CUUCAGUUCACUUCAGGAUGAGUGGCCCUGUGGCACUCUGAGCCGGGAUUAACAAGCAGAGAGCAGUUUGUCCCGACAGCCGCUCGCCAAAGUCUGCCCAACAAAACAACACCUAUUUCCUUUCCCCUCUAAGGAGUCUGAAUAAUGCUGAUGGAUGUCGGCUACAGUAACGGGCUGGAGCCUGACCUUUCCCAGCCAUAUCCUCCGCCCUUGAUGCCAAAACCAGGCAAAGACAACGCAAGGCUUCAAAAACUCAAGAAGAAGAGAGCCAAGAAAAAAAAUAGUCUCUCUCAGACACCCAUCCCCUUUCGCUCCUGUUUGUCACCUGUCAACGAAGCAAGCACAGACCUUGAGCACAGUGACCAGUCCAGCCCACCAAGGACACCGGAAUCAGUCUACAUUGCAGACCCUUCAGUGUCCAGUUUCCCUUUUGACUCCUUCUGUGAUCCGUCCGCAUCUGCAUUCCCUCACCCUCGGAGUAGCCCCUACCAGAAAACUGGCAGCUUCCACACUCAGUCCUAUAUAGGUCAGAUCAGGACUUCUGAGGAGCAGGUGGCUCCGCUGUAUGAGUGCUCCUCUUUCUUAUUUGAUGACAUGACUCCUUUCAUUAUGCCACCUUCGAUUACACCACCCCAAUCACCACCUAAGCAGGUUCCACGAAACCCUCUUGCUUUCAAUUCAAACCAGACACCAAAUUCCCAUUGGUCCGUCACAACAGUCCCUCCAGCCUCUGUGUCGCAAUCCAGCCCUAAAAUAUCAACUCACAGUCUGACCCUAUCCCCAGCCGCCCCCAACUGUGACCCAGGACCAGCUCCUUCUCUGGUUGCAGACCUUCCUCCUCCUCAAGCACUGCUAUCAGUUUCAAAUUCUCAGAUACAACCUAUUAUUUCUAGCCAGAGGGAGACAAACGCCUGUUCAAAAGACAACCCUCAAAGCCUCCUAGCCUCUUGGACUACAAGACCUAGUGAUAAUGGCAACUUUGUUCCAAGCCACAUGUCUCCGGAGAUAACCGCCUCAAAAAUAUCACUGGUUGAUGCAGUGAAAGACACAAAGCCUGAUGCCACACAAAACAGGGUUUACACAUCCAAGGCAACAUUUUAUGAGAUCUCUAAACCUCCCUCCAUGCAGGACCUUAUAGUUAUAAAUCCAAACUACCAGGCAGCAUUGUUUUCUGACACACUAAGAAAGAAAACAGAUGUGUCAGUGGUGGAAACAGAUGAAACACUGAGUGUGCCAAUGUCCCAAUGUGGAAGAUCUAAGACUACUUAUUGUGCACCGGCUCGAGUUUCCACACCUUUCAUUGAAAUAUCCAAACCUAUCCCCCUUUUAUUCGCUGCUUUCAACUCAUCCCAAGAUCUACAAGCUCCUGCAAUUCCAGAAGAAGCUCUGAGACAGAAAUCAGUGAUUCAAACAAGUGGUACAAUUGAACCUCCAGCUGCCAUAGAAGAACAGAAUCACAUUGAUUACAUUAGUAAUAUCAGACAAGCCAGCAAUUACAAAGAGAUAAAUGUUCAAAAUACAAGGAGUACAAUAAAUCUAAGCUUUGCUAAUACUGAGCUGUACCCCAGAGAGAACUUGUCAUCAAGUAUGACUGCACUUGACUCUGCCAUGGUAAAACCAACACUAAUACAACCAGUCAUCCUUAAGCUACAAACAAACCCUGUUUUGGAAAGUGGAGCUACAACUUUACCAACGGUCCCAUCAUUUUUAUCCACUGUACCAAACCUCAACCCUACGCCAGUGAUUUUAAUGCAAGCACCAUCUAGUCCAAGCCCCAUUAUCCCUUAUCAUCCUCCUGCGGUCAAUGCUCGCAAGUCUUUGUCAUCACUUUUGGAGAGUCAAAUGUCAUUAGCAACCUCAAAGCCCAAACCAAGAUCAACAUAUUACGGGCUUACUCCAACUCAGUAUGCGGCCUAUGGUGGGAUAAAGACUGCUGCAUCACAUUACAGCCCUGCACCCCUCCGUGCAAAUGAAACCUCUUCAGACAAAACACAGUCAGCUGUAGCUGUAGAUGGAACAGACCUCUCAAAGCCUGAUUCAACAAAACAACUGAAUGGAUAUCAAGAUCAACCAUCUUCAAUGGAGGUUUCUACUGCUAACAUUUUAAAACCCAUAAGGGAUUCUGAGAUUCCAGCUGAUCGGACCAUACUAAGUAGCAAUGAUGUGUUUGAGAUCGGGUCAGAAGCUCAAAGUAUUGGAAUACAAUCACUUAAAACAUCUAAGGUGGACACAAUAAAACCAGAGCUUCCUCUUGGCUUGGCACAGCAAUCAAUGCAACAAUCCACAAGUGACUUAUCCACACCAAAAGCCUCAUUCUCUGAGGCUCCAAUACCAAUGCCUAAAGCAGGUGAGGUACACACACAAAAUACGGCACUAUUUUCUAUAAAGGCAGAGAUAAAUACUAAUCCAUGCUUUACUGAUAGCAGUAGUCUAUCAAGUUGUUCCUCACCCUUAGUGAAAGUAGAUUCAAAUGCAGAAACAUAUCAUGGUUCAAAGGGGAAAGAUGCCAUAGAGAAAGGUGUUUAUCUCGAGAAAAUACCUACAAAAGUAGAAUCCAAGAUCACCAAUUACAAACUAACAGAACAAGUACAGAUAGCUUCGGUGAAGUCUUACCAGACUGCUAAUGGAGUCAGUUCAUCAACAGCAAAUGGUCUGAAUGUUCAACAAACUGACAAGCCUGUUAAAAACCAAGCUGACCGUGAAAAAAGUAUUCAGUCUCUUGCCACAGAUUUAGAGCCCAAAAACACAGGAAGGGCCAUCAUAAAUGGUACAUUUAUCACAGGAUUACAACAAGCCACCAAUCUGAUUUCAGGAACACCACUGCCCAGUAGAGGGACUCCUGAAACUGUUUUACAUACACACAAAGAAGAAGUUAAUCAGUGUUUCAAAGCAAGCAGUGGAGUUCCCUUACCCAAUAAGGCAUCCACUGCAGAACUUACUCAUGACAAAACAAAUAACGGGUCCAAUUUCUCAAAUAUAUUCUCCAAAGAAUCAAUUACCACUACCACAGGACCCAUUUUUCCUCACAAACCUGUUAUAUCAUCUGUAUGUUCCUCACAGUAUAGUAUCUGCACAGCAUCUGCAGCUGUCCAAAGCACAAACAUCAAUCAACAACUCAGCACUAAAGUUAAAAUUAAUAGAAAAAGUCAAGUGGAAGGCAACAAGAUACAUUUGCCUGAAGGUCUCUUAACAUUUUCUCAAGCACCAAGUGUACCUAAUACACCUGCUGUAAAUUAUAACUUAAUGGGCAAACCUACAAGAGCAAUCACACUACCUGACUUUUCUGUCACUGCAACCAAAUCACCCAAUAUGUCAGAAAUGACCUCGAAUGUGCCCACAAAAGAGUCCCCAAAACUAACCAAAUCUGUUGAGAAUGUACAUCCAACUCCACAGAGUAGCAAUGUAUCCAAUGGCAACCAUAACGUUGUUCAAGAAGCAGGUUACUACACAAACUCAAGCAGAGCCAUAGUAAAGACCACACAAGCAAUUGAGACAAGUGUAAGCAUCCCUGCUAAAGUUGCAAUACUAUCAAGCCAAGUCAAUACAGAGCCUAAACUCCCCAACUCUAAUAGUUCUGAAACUAACAGAGUCUGUAACUCAAUAUUUGAUAAAGAUUUUGAAUCCCUAUCCACUAAUGCUAUAGUAGACAUAUUGACUGGAAAAACACCAACACAUUGUAUUCCCAGUCUACCUUUAAGAGCAGAAAGCAUUCAAAUACAAUGGGGUAUUGAAACAAGACCAGGUUCUAAUUGUUUUAAAGGAAACACAAUGCAGCAUAUGCCUAGCAGUGAAACCAAACGGUCAAACAAACCAUCUUCCAAACUCUCCAACAAACCAUCUGCCAAAUCUCCAAACAAGCAGUCCGCAGGAUUACCAACUGUCAGCAAGACUUCCACAGAGUCAGCUGGAAAACCAGGAAAUGUAGAUACUAUUCAACACAGUAGACCUGCUGCAGAAACAUUACAGUCAAACGAAUCCUUUCAUUGCAGCAAUGUCCACAAUGUUCUUGCAAUUGAAAAAAGUCUUAGCAUCCCUGCUAAAGGUGCAAUACUUGCAAGCCAAGUUAAUACAGAAACUAAACUCCCCAAUUAUUAUAGUUUUGAAACUAAUAGAGUCGGCAACUCCACAUUAGACAGAGAAUUGCAAUCACUAUCCAUCAUUAAUGAAGUAGACUUAUUGAGAGAAACAACACCAACAGAGUGUAUUCCAAGUCUACCUAUUACAGCAGAAAUUAUUCCAACACAAUGUGGUAUUGAAACAAGACCAGCUUCUAAUCUUUUAAAAGGAAACACAAUGCCACACAUGCCCAGCAGGGAAACCAAACCGUCCAACAAACCGUCUUCCAAACCGUCUUCCAAACCGUCCAACAAAACGUCCAGUAAACAGUCUGCAGAAUUACCAACUUUCAGCAAGACUUUCACGGUCUCAGCUGGACAGCCAGAAAAUGUAUAUGCUAUUCAACACAGUAGACCUGUUGCAGAAAAGUUACAGUCAGACAAAUACUUUUGUGACAGCAAUGUCAGCAAUAUUCUUGCAAUUGAAACAAGUCUUAGAACCCCUGCGAAAGGUGCAAUACUGUCUAACCAAGUUAAUAUAGAACCUAAACUCCCCACAUUUAAUAGUUUUGAAACUAACAUAGUUGGCAACACACAAUUAGAAACAGAAUUGCAAUCACUAUUCACCAAUGAUAAAGUUGACUUAAUGACAGGAAAAGCACCAAUAGAGUCUAUUCUCAGUAUACCUAUUAGAGCAGAAAGCAUUCAAAGACCUGGCAUUGAAACAACACCCGCUUCUAAUCUUUUAAAAGAAAAUACAGUGCUGCACAUGCCUAGCAGUGAAACCAAACAGUCCAACAAACCGUCUGCUGGAUUACCAACAGUCAGUAAGACUUUCGCAGACUCAGAUGGACAACCAGGAAAUGUAGAGACUAUUCAACCCACUAGUCCUGCUGCUGAACUGUUAGAGUCAUACAUAUCCUCUGGGGGCAGCAAUAUCCACAGUAUUGUUUCCACUGAAACCAAAGUCGCUGACACGCUUCAUAGUGUGCCUAUUACAGACCGAGCAGUGAUUAAUAAACCAUCUUUUAGUUCUGUGCAGGCCAGUAAAACUAUCAUGCCGUCUAGCCCUACAAUGAGGCAUGUCAGACAAAGAAGCCCUCAGCUGAGAUCAGACGGGACUGAGAUUCGACAGCAAGCCCUACAUGCAAAUCCUGCUCAUGGCUAUGUUGCUCAAACAAAAAAUUACACAAAUGUACAAGUAGAUAGUAAACACACUGCCAACAUUAUUACUGAACAUGGAUCCUAUGAGACUUCUGCAGAUCAAUGUCUUGCUAAAAACACUGUAAUAGAACCAACCCCUCACACCAAGCCAAUACAAGUCAAUAGAUUUAUUAAAAGUCCACCUAUAAGGACAACACAUUCUGUAACAUCUAAGACUGGGACAAGUGCUUUCUCCUCUUCUGGUUACGUCAUGGCUAACAUGUCUAGUAUCAGUGUAGAACAGCAAAGCAUUGCUAGUCAAAUCGCGUCGUCUCAGGAUACUUUUCAAACCACUAUACAUUCUGUGAGCUCUCAGACUGGAGUGAAACAGUUGAGGCAAUCAGUCACUGAAACAAAGACAUCUGUAGAAAAUAAAAUUCACACUGACAACACUCAAAUCGUCUCAAACAUUAAUUCAACUAACCAUGCUUUCGCAAAUAUUCAAACCCUUGCCAAAGCCAACAAUGAUGCUAAAGACACACUAAUCGCUCCUAAAGUAACUAAACCUUGGGCCUCUCCUCUACCUGAGCCAAAAUGGCGUACUACACAGAUUCGGACCUAUACUCCAACCUUGCCCCCAUCUUCUCCAACUCCGGUUUCUUUAAAGCAUAAAAAUGAAAAUAAACCUUUGCCCGUCACUGCGAAAGAUCAGACAAAACCUCGCUAUACAUCUCUUCAAAAUAAUACACCUACUAACAUUGUUGAGCCAUCUGCGAAAUCAUUAACAGAUAAUAUCAGAAAACGAGACAGAAAACCACCCACAACUAAGGAUGUUUCUUCAGUCAUGAAUCACAAUGCUGAGGUUAAUGUAGAUUCACAAUUGAAAAUGAUCAAAACAAAGGUAGAAACUAAUUGUAGUAAGGAAGAAACAAUCUCGUCACUGAACAGUUUUUCUAGCACUCCAAUACAAUCUGCUGUUCAUGUUUCAAACAAACCGACUCUAAAAACACAGCCUCAUGAUCCACACAUAGAAUCAAGACCUUCCUCUGUCCCUGUAGAAACAAAAUUAUCAGAUGCAAAUUCGGAUACUUUAAAGUCUACCCCCAAUCAGGGCCAGAUUAGCAUGCACAACAGAAAUGUUCAGCCUUCAACAGAGCUACCACUAGAGAACAUUUCCCCUGCAAAGCCAGCAACAGAUACUGUCAUGAAACCAUCCAUAGUUAAAGCCGCUGUGAUUGACUCUGCCACUCCCGCCCCUCUGCCUCAGGCCUCAGUCUCUGUCAAAGCUCCAUCCCCAAACAGAGGAAUGUCACCGCCAUCUCCGCAAAAAACUGGGCUCAAAGAGAAGGAAGUUCUGAGGACCAAAGCUUCAGCUGCGCCGACGGAAGCCCAGGCAGACAACCCCUCCACGAAGUCAGCGACAUCAACUGCAUCUUCAACUGAUGACAAGAAGGAUGUGACAGCAUCAGCUCAGCCCAAAGCACCCCAGAAGCUAAAAGGCCUAAAGGGGAAGCUAAGUGGAUGGACACGGCUCAAGAAACACAUGGUCGUGGAGCCAGAGGAACCUACGUUUCCAAUGCUGGAGAUCAAAUCACAGGUUGAUUCCACUGCCAGCAAUGAGAUAACAGAUCAGGGUGGUGAUAAGUUGUCCCCAGACCAAUGUGCUCAUCGAGAAGUGAUUAGUGACAAAGAAGGUCCCAGGGCAUUAAGGAUGUGGGAUGCCCUGCUCUUUCAGAUGUUCUCAACAAAAGAAAGAAUCAUUCAACAGCUCAACACCACCAAGAAAGAUUCAGAGAAGAAAAAGGAACCUAAAGACAAUCAAGCAGAAGUUCCUUCUUUUGUCAACCGCCUUCCGAUUUUGUUGUACAGCCCCCGUUUUGAUGCUAGGAAGCUUAAAGAGGCGGCAGAGAAGCCACUCUCGAAAAUAGCAGCAGUGUUUGAAAAGGGACUGAUCAAACGCAAAUCUCAGGAAGAUGAACAAAAGGACUUCAACAGGAAAGCGAGAGGAUUUGGUUCAACAAACUCUACAGAUAUAUAACUUGAUGUGUUGCAAAAGUAUCUUUUGGAAUGGCAAUGAUUGGUAGUGUGUGGCGAGAGAAUAAAAACAAAAGUGGAUUUAGUUCAUUUAAUAAUUAUAAAUAAGGGCUGAAGUGAGGAGUUUGAUUAUUUAAGAGGGGCAACAAAGUAUGAUUGAUUUAUUAGAACCUAUAAGUUGUAGUUGUAUGUGUACAAGUAAAUAUGUAUGAUAUAUUAUAACUCUAAAAAGUAACGGAUAAAAACACAGUGGUGGUAUAGGUGAGGAAUCAUUGCACUUAAAAGUAGUAAAUAUGACAAUAAAGAAACAAGAUAGACGAUGAAAGCAAGGAAUAUUAUGUACGCUGCAACUUUACUUGGUUGGAUUGUUCUUUUUUCAUUUGAUGAUAGUGUAGUUGUGGAGUUGAAUGCAUGAUGUGUAGAUACAUUGAUUGAUAAUAGAUUGUUUCAUUUGUAACGCUUCCUUUUUCUAUUUUUUCUAAAGAAAGUAAAGCUUUCAUUGUACUCCGCUGGUAGGCAGUCUUUAAUAUCUGUAAUAAAUAGGACUUUUACAUUCCUGGAACAACAGGGCAGUUGGAUUUGAAAGAAGGAAAAAAGGCUUGAAGGUAUAAACAGAACAGAAGAAGGUUUCUGCAAGGUAUGGAUGGAAAUUAAUCGGCAGAUGUUCAGGCUGCCGACCAGAGCAGGAAACUACAACCACACAGGCUGGUACAAAAGAAAUAAGGAUCCCACAGGAGGUCAAAGUUUAAAUUUGGUAAAUUGAGUAAAUACUUUCAAAACAAAUUGUCAUUAGCCUCCGCUCAGUUUAUAUUAAGUGCUAAUUAGCAAAUGUUAGCAUGCUAAUGCUAUAAACGUAACGUAAUGGGCAAUGUAACGUACAUUGCCCAGCCAUAGCAUAUCCAAAGGGAUACAGAGUCUGAAUUCUGUUUUAUAAUUAAAAGUACCGUUUUCUAUCGUUUAGUAAGUUGGAGAUCCAUUGUGACCUCGCAACCUCAAUGAAAUAGAGAUAAACUAAUUUACCCUGUUGUGGUUUGUAAUUUUUUGCCUUGUGGUGGAUUGUCCAGGACUUGUUGGAUGUAGAAGUGGAUGCCAAUGAAUGAUGAACAUGAUGAUGACAAUGAUGAUGCUGAGUCCUGCUGUAGGAAGACAGACUAACUAAAUAUUGAGGGAUAGCUAGAGAAUAAGUACAGAUAUUAGAAGAUGAGUGGGGCACUCAUUUUGAGGAUUUGGUGCUGCCAUAGCAAGCAUUUGCAUGUUAGUUUUGAACCUUUUUGUCUCUAUAUUUCGAUUUAAAAAAAUAGCUGUUUUCCCAAAGAUGAUCAUCCAUAUGUGGAAUUUCAUGUGAGGUGGACUUCCUAAAGCUACACAAAGCCCCAUUUAUUACUCGAAUGCUCAAGCCAUAACAUGUUUUAUAUUAACUGUGUGAUCAAAGGUGCAUAAAGUUAAAUGUGAAACUUU